GACACACUACUGAGAUAACAACACACACACGCUUACAGCACUGAGAGCAAAGGCGACGCGGAAGAGCUCAAAGUCCUCUGGAUGAGACAGCAUGCGUGAAAGUGCCUAUACUCACACACUAGAUCGGAUUUACAGGAAUCAGCUGAUCCGAGUGUUUUGAGGGGCGUGUGGUCAGCCUGAAGAUGGGCGAUCUGUCGGUUAAUAGCUCCAUCUUCAGCAGCAGGGAUGGAUCUGACGCCCCCUCCGUCCCACCCAGCAUGUCGAUCGACAAACUCCUUCCAGCCCUGCUCGAGUGUUUUGGGAUCAUUCUCUGCGGAUACGUCGCGGGCCGCACAAGCAUCAUCCCAGCUACACAAGCUAAAGGACUGGGCAGCUUUGUGUCCAAGUUUGCGCUUCCAGCCCUGCUUUUCAAAAACAUGGUGCUGCUGGACUUUGGCAACGUAAUCUGGCCAUUUUUCUUCAGCAUUUUGGUGGCUAAAGUGACUGUGUUCUUCUUUGUGUGUGUCCUCACACUUUUGGUGGCGAACAGAGAAAGCCGCUUCUCCAAAGCUGGCCUCUUCUCCAUAUUUGCCACACAGAGCAAUGACUUCGCACUGGGGUUUCCUAUAGUUGAAGCUCUGUACCGCAACACUCAUCCUGAGUAUCUUCAGUACAUCUACCUGGUUGCUCCCGUCUCCCUCAUGGUCCUGAACCCGCUAGGCUUUGCGUUCUGUGAGGUGCAGAGGCGGAGGACUGGAGAACCUCAGCAGCAGAGUAAGCUGCAAGUGCUGGGUUUGGUGCUCCUUCAGGUGGUCAAGAACCCUAUUGUCUUUAUGGUGGUGAUCGGGGUCAUUUCUCACUUCCUGCUGGGCCAGAAGAUCCCGCCCUUCAUGGAGGAGUUUGUAGAUGGCCUGGCAAACUCGUUUGGGGGAGCAGCGCUGUUUUAUCUGGGUCUCACCAUUGUGGGUCAGCUGAAAAAGCUUACCCGCUCCACUGUGGUGGCACUUAUUCUCCUCAUCACGGCAAAACUGCUGGUGAUGCCUCUGAUCUGUAGAGGGAUGCUUGAGGUUUUGGACUGUGGGAACACAAGCUCGAUGAACCACACCAGUCUGUCAAACUAUGCCUUCCUGUAUGGAGUCUUCCCCACUGCCCCUAGUGUGGCCAUAUAUGCAUCACAUUACAACAUGGAGCUGGAAGUGGUGACCUCAGGGAUGGUGAUCGGCACGUUUCUGUCUGCUCCCAUCAUGUAUGUGUCUGCCUGGCUGUUGACCAUUCCGUGGAUGGACUCAGAUCCACUAGCGUCAGCGCUGCAGCACGUCAGCUUCAACAUCAGCAUUAUCAGCCUCUUUGCUUUGGUGUGGAGUGUUGCAGUCAUGCUGCUAAGCAGAAAGUUUAGCAGAAUUCCUCACAUUUUCACCAUAAACCUCUUUAUGGCGCAGUUAUUAGCCUGUGUUGGCAUGAUAGCGUGGAACUUCAUGGCAGAGCAGGAUAAGUUCUUGGGUCAGGUGUUGACCUUCACUCUACUGUACGGCUCUCUCUACAGCACCUAUGUUUGGCCUGGUCUGAUCGCUCUGUCUCUGCUCCUCUUGAGGAGACGCGAGGAGGUGAACUUCAGGCCGGGGCUCACUGUGAUCGCUGGCUGGGGCGUCCCUGUUCUGGCUGUCAGUGUCCUGCUCCUGACAGGGGAAAGACUGCCGGACACUAUCGACUCUGCAUUCUUUUAUGGAAAGGCACAGGUGACGUGCACAUCUGUGGUGUUAUUUGUGAGUAUCGUGCUGUGUGGCGUCUCUCUCACUCUACUCAGCAGACGAUCACAAGACUAUCACAGCCUUGAACAUGGAUCAGCGUCUGACAGUGAGGAGGACACACACACACAGAGCUCUGCUAGAGGCAGCAUCAACACAGACUGUCAGACGUGCGAGUGUGCGUGUGGCCGUCUGCAGUCCGAGCCUGACAUAACAAGCGCCAAAGAGGAAGCAUCCAUCCAAACAGGUCAGUGUAGCCAGCAGUGUACAUCCACAAGCUGUUUGCUGGUUGAAGAGGAACAGAAAGUGGCAGACAGACAAAACACAGAUAUACAGUCGACGAGACACAUGCUCGUGUGUCUGUUACUGACCGUCAGUCUGCUCGCUAAUCUCUCCAGCUGUCUGUGGUGGCUCUUUAAUAAAGAUCCAGGACGGCUGUAUCUGGAGCUGCAGUUCUUCUGUGUUGUGGUCAACUAUGGGCAGGGCCUCAUUUCAUUUGCCUUUUUUGGCCUUGACAAGCAUUUAAUUAUUUCUCCAUUCAAAAAGAGGUUAGCGAGCCUGUGGCAGGGUUGGGGUCAGGAGGUCACAGGCUCUGCAGUGUCUGAGGAGAUCAGACUGACCUGCACUCAGUUCCUCACAUAUCAUAAAGAGCAGUGCGUUAAAGACAUCGUUCACAAGAAAAGGUGUGGAGAGAGAAGCACCACAGAGACGUUUCUGGGCAGUGACAUGGUGUGCUGGCUGCAGAGCGUGGGAUUGGCCAGCGACCCGGGCGAAGCGCUAGAGUACGGCUCACGUCUGCUGGAGGGCGGAGUCAUUCAGCACAUCACCCUUGAGCACAGCUUCCUUGAUGAAGCCCUGCACUACCGCUUCACAUAGAGGAGUCAAACCGCUCCGGCUGGCAGACUGACAGUGGUUUGAGCAUUUUAGCCAAUGACCCAGCGCACAUUUAAAGGGUUAGUUCACCCAAAAAUGAAAAUUAGCCCACAAAUUACUCACCCUC